AUGAUUCACAACAAUAAUACAAGAAAUGGAAUUAAUUGCCCACAUGGCAAACAUCUCAUUUCUGCUUUUCGUGUGCUCUUGUAUUGGAUUUGCUGGUGUCGUCUUUCAAGCCCCCUUUUCACAUUUCCUCCUACAACGAAUUUCAGUCUGGAAGGGAUCGCCAGAUAUGUAUCAUUGCAUCCGUUCAUCAACUCCAGUUUCGUGCGACUCUCAAAUGGAAACAACACCCAGGGGACUUUCUCCUGGAUGACUUACAACCGACCGAUUUCCUUCUGGGACAACUCUUCUUUUCUCGCAAAUUUUUCUUCUCAUUUUCGAUUUCUUAUUUCUGGAAACUAUUCUGAUUUUUCCGAUUACGGCGAUGGGCUUGCCUUCUUCCUCGCCCCUUUUGAUUCUGUGCAGUCACUAAACUGUACAUGCCAAUGGCUUGGUCUCUUUAACCAAUCCACCGACGGAAAUUCUUCCAAUCACAUUGUUGCCGUGGAAUUCGACACGUUCAAAAAUGUUCCAUUUGAUCCAGACGAUAACCACGUGGAAAUCGAUGUGAACAGCAUUCUUUCAAAGGCAAAUGUAAGCUUGGAGGAUAAAUGGAAAUUCCGCAUUCGUAGCAAAAGCAUGCUGGACGCAUGGGUGGAUUACGACGGCUUAGCAAAGAGGCUUUACGUGUUUCUUGCGCCUGACGUACAGAAACCAGAAUCACCAAUCUUAUCGUAUGACAUAGACCUCGCAAAGUUCCUUCCCCAGAAAAUCAAGGUCGGCAUUUCGUCUUCCACUGCAUAUUCAUUAGAUGAGAACAUGGUUUCUUAUUGGGAUUUUAUAUCUCACCAUUCGCCGACUCCCACAGAGACUCGCACAAAGACUCCCACGAAGAUUCCCACGAAAAAGAAUUAUGUUUUGAUAUUAGUCUUCACCCGCGUCUUCGCAGUCACCGGAUUUGCGCUUUUAGCGUGGUUUGGUUAUAUCAGAAAUAAAAGCUACGAGGUGGAGGACAUUGAGAUGGACAAAUGGUUUAGCGAAGGACCGCACAAGUUCUCUCAUGUUGAGCUCAGUGCUGCAACUAAAACUUUUAGCCAAGAACAAAAACUUGGAGGGGGAGGCUUUGUCGAGGUUUACAGAGGCAUCUUGCCUGGCGCAAAAGAAUCUGUAGCCGUUAAAAGAAUUUCCCAACGUUCCAAACAAGGCAAAAAGGAAUAUAUCUCGGAAGUUACGAUUAUUAGUAAGCUGAGACACCGUAAUCUUGUGCAGCUCUUGGGGUAUAUUAUUGUUCGUGAUAUAGCAGCAGCUCUUGUUUAUCUUCACGAGGAGUGCAAAGAUCGUGUGGUGCACAGGGACGUGAAGGCCAGCAACAUAAUGUUGGAUUCUGAGUACAGAGCAAAACUUGGAGAUUUGGGGCUGGCAAGACUGAUUGCAUGUAAUCCUGGAAAUGGCGCAUCAACUGUUAUAACUGGAACAGUUGGAUAUAUCGCACCUGAAUGUGUGGUAUCCCGCAAGCCCAGCACAGAAUGGGACGUGUUCAGCUUUGCAGCGGCGUGUUUAGAAAUUGCGUGCGGGAGGCGGGUAGUUGACUCCAGCUUAGAGGAGCACGGGUGGAGACUUGUGGAAUGGGUCUGGGAUCUUCAUUCACAUGGAAAGCUUUUGACCGCUGCAGAUGAGAGGUUGAAUGGGAAUUUUGAUGGAAAGGAAAUGGAGAGGGUGCUCCAGUUGGGGUUGCUGUGUUCUCACCCGGAUCCGAAAGCGAGACCCAGCAUGAGAAAAGUGGUGAAUGUUUUAAGAUUGGAGGCUGAGUUACCCGAUCUUCCUCUCACUUAUCCAGUAACCGCGUGUGGUCGCACUCUAGGUCAUCUUGAAGUGUCUUUGUUUCCGAUGCAUGGUAAAAUAUCGACUCCAGCAAAAUAG